AUGAUCUCGGCCUUCUUCAUCUUCAACCAGAAGGGCGAGGUCCUCAUUUCCCGCCUCUACCGCACAGACUUGAAGCGAUCAAUUGCCGAUGUUUUUCGGAUACAAGUCGUCUCAAACAGCGACGUUCGGUCCCCCAUCAUCACUCUAGGCUCUACCAGCUUCUUCCAUGUGCGCAUUAACAACCUCUAUGUCGUCGCCGUUACGAAAUGCAAUGCCAACGCCGCUCUCGUUUUUGAAUUCUGCUACCGUUUCAUUUCAAUUGCCAAGGCGUACUUCGGGAAGGUGGACGAGGAGGCGGUCAAGAACAACUUUGUUCUUAUCUACGAGCUCAUUGAUGAAAUCAUCGAUUUCGGAUACCCACAGAAUAGCGAGGCGGAUACCCUGAAGACCUACAUCACCACCGAGAGUGUUGUGUCUGCAAACAUUGCUGCGGAAGAGUCGUCCAAGAUUACAACGCAAGCGACUGGUGUUACGAGCUGGAGAAGAGGCGACGUCAAGUACAAGAAGAACGAAGCUUUCGUCGAUGUUGUCGAGACAGUGAACCUGAGCAUGAGCGCAAAGGGUACCGUCCUUCGUGCCGACGUUGACGGACAUAUCCUCAUGCGUGCCUAUCUGACUGGGACGCCGGAGUGCAAGUUCGGAUUGAAUGACAAGCUGGUCAUCGACAAGAGCGAACGCGGUGGAGGAGGUGAUGCGGUCGAGCUCGACGACUGUCGCUUCCACCAGUGCGUGCGGCUCGACGAGUUUGAUUCCACGCGCACCAUCUCCUUCGUUCCGCCCGACGGCGAGUUCGAGCUCAUGAAGUACCGGUCAACGUCGAACGUCAAGCUCCCUCUCAGGGUCAUCCCCACUGUGAACGAGAUUGGCACAUCCCAGGUUUCGUACGUGGUCACCGUCAAGACCAACUUCAACAACAAGCUGUCGGCGACGAACGUGGUCGUGAGGAUACCAACACCCCUGAACACAACCACCGUCGACUGCAAGGUUGCUAUUGGAAAGGCGAAGUACGUGCCUGCGGAGAAUGUGGUAGUCUGGAAGAUCCCGCGUAUACAAGGUGGACAAGAGGCGACGUUCACCGGUAAUGCGGCCUUGACUAGUGUCACAAACCGACAAGUUUGGGCGCGCCCACCCAUCGACGUCGAUUUCCAGGUUUUGAUGUUCACGGCGUCGGGGCUCAUUGUGCGCUUCUUGAAAGUGUUCGAGAAGAGUAAUUAUCAAAGCGUGAAAUGGGUCCGGUACCUGACCAAGGCGAGCGGCUCAUACCAAGUCCGGAUACGUGGCGUGGUUGUAGUUUAG